GGGAGGCGGGCUCGCCCGAGGCCACCAGUGUCCCGCCCACUGGAGGAGGAGAGCUGUUGGAAGGACCCUCCCAGGACCGUAGCUUGUUACCAGGAGGUUAAGUUCCCGCUUUGCCAAACAAUACUGCCAUGAUGGAUGAGACCUCUGAUGAGCCUCCCACUUCAGCUGUCUUCUUAGACAACUGCAACUUCACCCAGGUCAUCUUUAACAACGUGGAGAAGUUUUAUGUUCCUGGAGGAGAUGUCACCUGUUACUACACCCUCACCCAGAACAUCAUUCCUCGUGGGAAGGACUGGGUGGGCAUCUUUCGGGUGGGAUGGAAGACGACCAGGGAAUAUUACACCUUCAUGUGGGCUCCUGUGCCCAGUGACACCCCCAGGGACACCAGUGUGCAGCAACAGAUCCAGUUCAAAGCUUACUACCUACCAAAAGAUGAUGAGUACUACCAGUUCUGCUACGUGGACCAGGAUGGGGUGGUCCGGGGAGCCAGUGUCCCUUUCCAGUUCAGAGCAGAGACUGAGGAUGAUAUCCUGGUGGUCACCACACAGGGAGAAGUGAAGGAGAUUGAGCUACAAAACAAAACUUUGCUUCAAGAAAAUGAGGACCUGAAAGCAAGUUGUACAAGUCUCCAGAAACAAAACCUUGGUCUGCAGGAAGAGCUCCAGAAGACACAGGAGCUGAAGAAUAGCUUAAUCUCUCUGAGGAGCAAGACAGAGAUGCUGGAGCUGGAGCUGGAUUCCCUGAGAAAGGAAAAUAAACAUCUAAAGGAGCUGGAUGACUGCAGAGAGGCAGAACUGAGCCAACUCAAAGAGCAAAUUCAGAAUGUGACCUCUGAGAAGGACCACCUGGAAGCCAGACUGAAGACAACCAUGGGUCGCAUGGACCAGCUGCAGUCUCUAGUGUUGAAUUAUGAGAAGGAAGUGGAAAACCUGUCUCAGAUGGUUCGUGACAAGACAGAGCAGCUUGAAGGUUUAAAGGAAGAGAAUCACCGGUUAUGCAUGACUGGAACUCACCAGCAACAAAAGCAGGACUUAAUGAAAGAACUUGAGGAGCAGAAGCAUUUGGUUCAGAUUCUGCAGGCCAAAAAGAAUGAGGCUGAUGAAGAAAAUCAGAAACUAAAGGAAGAGAAUGAUGAACUCCUGAGGCAUCUUGCCCCGGCUGAAGAGGUUUCUUCCUUCCCUGCUGUUCCUCAAGCUCCAAAUCCUGAAGCUGGAAGCCUUCUCUUUGGAAAUCCAUAUUGUGCUGCAGGAGCAAACCUGGGGGCAGGAGCUGCGGGCGUAGCUUCCCUAAGGAUCUGCCCCAUCUGCAAUGAGGUGUUUCCUGAAGAUGUUGAGACCAGUCAGUACGAGGCCCAUGUGCAGAGCCAUCUUCUGGAGUGCCCACUCUGCAAAGAGACCUUUGAGAAAUCUGACAAGCAGGUCUUUGAUGACCAUAUUUAUUGCCAUAGCCUGGAAUAAUUCUCCAUUUCUAUCUGCUCUGUAGAACAGACAGCAGAGGCUGCAGGAUAGAGUAAAGCACAAUCACUGUGUGAGCUUCAUUCAUGCUAAGAUCACCCAGACAGGACUGACCCUGCCUCUACAGCUGUAAUGCUGAGCUGCUGUUUCAUGCAGCAUUUGACCAACACAUGGAUCAGGUUCAGACAUCCACACCCUGAAACUGAAUCACUGUCAUCAAACUGUAAUCCUCUGUCUUGGAUCAGGAUAUUUGCUUGUGAAACCAAACCCUGUCACUAGUGAUUUAGUUGCAGGUUCUUUAGAGCAGGGUUGGCCCUGUCACUGCUGUGUACUUUGAGGCAGGGAUCCAAGUAAUGGGAUCAGAAGUUUCCUGUCCUUGGCUGAUCUCUAUUUAAUGGUUUUAUUCUUUAAUAAAGCACUGUGAUUGCUAACCAAGGACUGGAAAUGUUGUGUCAGCUUUUAGCAUCACCCCUUCAGACCUGCUCUCAGCUUCUGGAAUGCAGAAUAAGUUAUUACCAAGUUUGAAAAGUCUUCACUAAAAAGGCAUCUCUUCUUUCACAUCCAUGGUAAAGCCAAGUGAAAGAGGCACACUGAGGCUGUCUUUGCAGAUGUGUAGGGGUCUCAGGCUUGUCCUUCCAGUAAAGCAGGCAGCAAGGCUCAUUCCAUGGUGAGGCACAUGCCCUGUCUUCUCCAUUCAUCUCAGGAGAAGGAAAGUCUGAAACUUCUGGAAGAGGGAAGGUUGGUGUGGAGCCUGAAGGAAAAGCAGGAGCUGAAUGGUCUUGGCAGCACAGAGGAGAAAGGGCCUCUUGGGGUGUCCUCACUGAAAGGAAAUUCUGGUUGUUUCUUUGGAGUUUCUAAACCUCCUUGAUUUAACAAGAAGAGCCCAAAACAUUGUGACUGAAAACUAAGUGCCUUGGGAUGGUACAAUGCUUUGUCCACCUAACUGUUUUCACUUCUGCUUCAGGAUUCUCAAUUUAUCAACAGCUUCUUUUUCUUCAGAUCUCAACUGGGAAAGGUUUCUGAUGCAGCUAGGUGAGGCUACUCCCUGCUGAGUCUCUGAAGGAGCCUGCAUCAAGUUAAAAGAAUUACUUGAAGCAAUAAAGACUCCAAAGGGUUUUGCUGUUUUGAUUCUGCACAAACUUUUUUUAUCAGUCUAGGUUUCACUAGAGUUCUUUCUGUCUUUGUGAUGUAUUAUAGGGGUAAGCUUUAUUAAGAGA